GUCUGCGAGCGUCCACGCCCCCCUCUCCAAUCUUUCAUCCCUGCGCUCUCAUAGGUUAUUGGCAAAGGUGUCGGGAGAACCGGGGGCUUUAUAAGGAUCCCCCGUGUUCCCUCGGUCCCUCUGCCUGUGUCUUUUUUUCUCUCCGCUUCUUUGUUGUUUCCACCAGCCCACAUCCAAAAUGCCCAGCAAGAGGAAGAAGAACAAGCGCCGCAUGAGGAGGGUGCAAGCCCAGAGGAGAGCCCUCGAAGAGCAGUAUGCAGGCCAGCCACCGGUCAAGGCCGGCCCAGGGAUCGCAGUCGGUGCGCCCCCUGCAGCAAAGCCAGCGGCUAAAGCGCCGAAGCCAGCUCCAGUGAAGAUCGCGGAGGUCGUUCCCGUAGCCGUUCCCAUCCCUGCACCUGUUGUGGAGAUCCCCAAAGAAGAACCAGUUGUGCAAGAACCCGUCGCAGAGCCCGUCCCAGUCCGAGUAGCGACACCAGAGCCCGAGGUUGUGGUGUUGGAACAGACUCCGGAAGUCGCGGUUGAAGUGCCGGCGCCGGUCGUAGAAGAAGUGGCGGUUGUCGAAGAAGCUCCAGUUGUCGAAGAAGCUCCAGUUGUCGAAGAAGCUCCAGUUGUCGAAGAAGCUCCAGUUGUCGAAGAAGCUCCAGUUGUAGAAGAAGCUCCAGUUGUAGAAGAAGCUCCAGUUGUCGAGGCUGUUGCAGUUGAGUCUUCCGAAGUCGCAGCUGAAGUUGUUUGUGAAGCUGAACCCAUCAUUCCUGAAACAGAACCAGUAACUGAGGUUACACCCACAGCUGAGGCUCCAGAGGCAACUCCAGCAGAGGCUGAGCUGCAGUCGGUUGAAGCCACAGUCGUAACCACAGAAACAGUAGAGACGCACGAUGUCUGCGAGGCUGAAACGGAGGUUGCGCCCGCGGCAGAGGAAGUCUCGGUCGAAGUGGCCGUCACAGAAGAAGCCGCCUCAUUAGAGGCCGUAGUGGAGGGGCCGGUGGAGCUGGUGGUAGAAGCACAAGCUGAAGUCGUGGAGAUCGCAGAGACACCCGAACAGAUGACUGAAGCUGUCGUCAGUCCUGCAGCUGAGGAGGACGAAGCUGAAGUAGAAGUGUUGGCUGAAGAAGAGGCACCGGUAGAACCUGCUGAGCCCGUUACAAUCGUAGAGGAUGUUCCUGUAUCGAUGGAAAUCCCAAUGGUUCCAGCCUCCAUGCCCGAGGCUCUGGUGGAAGAAACUCCAGUAGCUGAAGUCAUUGAGGCGCCUGCUGAUGCGUUUGUUGAUGACUUUGUUGUCACAAACUCUGCCAUCGAAGUGGAGGUCGCCAUUGCCGAGUCCGUCGCUGCCCAGGAGGUUGAGGCAGUUGAUGCUCCACUCGCACCAACAGAGACUGAACAGGAAAUUGUGGCCACGAUUGAUGCCCCGGCAGAGCCUAUGGCUGUGACCCCCGCUGAGCCUGAGCCUACACCCGAGGUGGAGGUGGAACUCAAGCCCGAGCCGGUUCUUGAGCCCGAGCCAGUUGUUGCGCUUGAAGUUGAGCCUGAGCUCGCUGCUGCCCCUGAGCUCGCUGCUGCCCCUGCAUUGGAAAUGAUCAUUGAUGCCCUGGUGGAGCAGAAAUGCCUGGAGGAGCUGAAGUUAGAGACGUGUGACAUGCCGUGUCAGAUGCAGCUCACAGUGGACUCUAUGCAGAUCAACACAGCAAUGGAGAUGUCAGUGGAGACAGCGUUGAAUGGACACAUUGUUCCAGAGGUCUCCAUCGAGGGAUAGAAGCCACACAGUCUUUAUUCCCCUUUCGUCAUGUGGAGGACUCAGAUCUCUAAAUGGAGUCAGCCAGCCGUUGAGCUUUUUCAUCUUUUUUUUUUUUUUUCUAGGGCUUGCAACGGAGCCGUCAGGAAAUCGAAGGACUAUCCACACUUUGAAGUGCCUUUCCUGCACUGGUUUCCUGUCAAAACACCAAACCAGAUGCAACAAAACCCCAGAAAUGCUGCAUUUGAGGCAGUAGAACAGACUGUUAUUAGUUUGCAAAAAACGGAAACAACCAUAUCGUGGCUCCUUUAAAAAAAAAUCUGUUUCUCCCCCCGAAGGCAUGUACGGUGAAUUUUGCGCAGCGGAAGCAGACGUUGUUGAGAGAUGGAGAUUCCUAGAGCCAGAUAAAAGGCAGCGCCUGGUAUUUCCUGUAGACUCCUUCCUCUCGAGAACGUCUGCCUCCAUUCUGCAUAUCCACUCGAUGCACGUGAACACUGCAGCAGGGGUGGAAGUGGCUGGUUGGCACUUGGGCCUGUGUUCAUACUUUUCCUGUUGUCAAAUCUCAAAAUCCCAUUUCUUUGCUCUUGACCCGUUAACCUGGAGUCGGAGCUUCGAGCGUCUCCCCUCCUCUGUUCUCCUCUCUGCCUCCUGAGAGCCACUGCUCACAUCAGUCCGAUGCUUAAUGGCUCCAGUGGCCUCUGGGAACUGGCGGCUGUGGAGGGAAGAACUCGAGGUGUUCCCGUUCCCCCCCUCUUCUUUUUUUAAUUUUUGUAUAGACCAUAUGAUGUGAUACAGUUGUGUUCGAAGUCUGUAAUCUGGCUGUUUGAUGGUCUGACUUAAUCCAACUUUGAAAUAAAGCUGUAGUUCAUCGUGA